AUGCUGGCUCAACCCACGGCGGACCCGAAGCCUUUGAAGCCGAUGAUCGGGAUCGAACCAAACCCUAGAAAAACAUCGCUUGCUAUCUUCACGCACGCUGCUUGGAAUCCAUCGACGAGAGCAGCAGGACUUGGUUGGAUCGUUGAUGAUCGAGACUCAUCUUCCUCCUCCUCACACUCAGCGACAUCAGAACAUGUUUCGUCGCCCCUAAUGGCAGAAGCUCUGGCUGUUCGAUCAGCCAUAAACUUUGCCCUAAUUCAAGGUUUCUCUUCACUCUCCAUCUUCUCCGAUGCAAAAGCUCUAAUCGACACCAUCAAUCACAAAGAAAUGAAGACUGAGAUCUUUGGGAUGCUCCAAGAUAUCUACCUCUCUGCACUUUCAUUUAUGUCGAUCUCUUUUAUUUCAAUUCCAAGAGCAGCAAAUGAAAAGGCUGACUCUAUUGCUAAACAGGCCUUAUGGGCCUUGACAUCUACUUAA